AUCUUCUGUUUACCCAAGGAUGUUGUCAUUCCUCUGCACAACAAACCCGAGAUGAUUGUCUUCAGCAAGAUGCUCUUCGCUGCCAUGCACCUUAAGUCGUAUGACUGGGCUAGAAGUAACUCAGAGGGUGGAAAUAACGCGCUCACCACAUCAGGUGGGGCUCGUCUAGCAAAGAUAAACACAAACACUGUUGUUGGCGCUUCAGUCGAGACCAAAGUUCUGUACCCUGAAAACGGAAGGAACCUGCACUAUUUGACGGCGCUUACCACUUGCGCUACUCUCGACGUGAUGGGACCCCUUACUACAGCGCUGCUGGCAGGGACUGCUUGUACUAUAUAUAGCAAGUCCCCGUUCUCAAAUAUAGCUGGUUUGGUUGACGCACGGUACUCCUCGCUCAAGGAGAUCCCCAACAACUAUCGGAUGAAGGGCGUAACGAUGACGUGGCACUUCAUCGUCUAG